AACGGAUACUUAUCUUCACAGAUUAUCUUGCUAUCCUUCCUUGUACUAGGACAAUAAGGUCGUGGUGGGAAACGCGAUUCAUCCUUGCUUCCAAAAAGACACGAUGCUCAACAUAGUGAGUACACUCAUACUUUCAGUCACAGGAGGACCACGACGAUGCUUUAAUUGGAGAAAAAUAUGUCAUGUGAUGAUUCGUAGAUCAUCUGUUUAGUCUAGGAAAAAGGUUAACCCCGUACUGUCGUGUAUAACAUCAACAUCAUGGCUGCUGCUGGGCCUGUGUGUGCUUCCGGAGGGGCUCUGAUCUCACCAAUGCCAUCACGGUCAGCUGUUCCGUCCGCUUCCCCGCGCUCUACUCUGAAAGUGCACCGGUUUAGUUAUGGCCGCUUUUGUUCAUUCAAUUUUGGUAUAAUAUUUUAUACAAGUACUUAUGCAGGACAUGGAUCUAUGACGCCCUUAAGGCAGUCUGCGCUGAACUUUGCGCAGGUGGGUUUUGACUUAUCGGAACUCGCUCGCACUACAAAAAAAAAAAGCGAGAUUAAUUGUAUUGUGUUGUAUUGUAUUUGGUAUAUACAAGUUAGUAUCCAAAUCCAUCUUUUGGUUAAUGUGCCUCUUCUCUCUCUCUUCCCCUCCUCUAACUCCCCGUGAAGUUUUUCGAUUUCUCGUUACGGGGUGUGCCACACGCACAGGAGCCUUUCUUGAGGGUCGAUUUUGACCACUUCAAGUGUUUCCAGACAGACAGAGAGCGCCUACCAGAACAUUUGUAUCAGCAUUAAGCCUUCCGGAAAUUCAUCUUCAGAAGCAUUUUGGCCCUCCUCCCGUAUUUAAAGGGGGAAACGUUUUCAAAUUCUUGGAGUUUCAAGAUGUAUUCCCGGAAGGUCUAACAGCAGCAACACCAUCACGUCUUCGAAUGGGGAUUCAAAGCUGGCUUCAUCUACCAAACGAGAGCGUUGGAGAAGUUAUCGGUAAAGAAGUUCAAAAUCUUCUGUUACGACCACCAUGCAACAACAAGUUCGGGUUCGGGUUCCCAACAACAAGGGCCGGCCGCGUUAUUGGGAUCUGCGGAAGUAUUGUUUCAGUUUUUUUACAGAGUCGUGUGCAGAAUGAAUGAUCAUGCAAGACGAGCUCGUACAACAUAUUCUUGACAUGAUCGAAAUCGAAUUGAUUUAGCACGUCUUCUACAAGUGUAAUAUCGAGUAGUACACGUUGUUGGCGACUACAGCCAUUUCGAAGCUAGUACCUACCUCUUUUUAUUGUGAGUAACUUUUUGUUGCUGUUGCUUAUCUUGAUGUAACGACCUUUUCUCUACAACAGAUCGACCUCCGCACCCUUGCUUGUGGUCCCUCGCUCAUCCGACUCGGGCUUCAGGACAGUACCGGCAAUUUAGUUCAAGGUGGGCAGCUGGAGUUCACUUGCCUGAUGAAAAUGCUGAGUAACGAGUUUACGAUAAACUUGAAGAACCUACGCCUGAGCAUCCAGGGUUGGCCGGCAGCUGCACGACUAGAAGUAUCGAGUAGUCUGCGGGAAGAUAUCAUCGUGGAGGCGCCUUUUUCAACAGCUGGAGCCUGGGAAGAAGGGAUUUCUUUGCUUAUGGUAGAAGUAGAUAGAUGAUACGACUUUCAUGAACAAGAUUAUUAUUUGAGGACGACUUUAUUUUUACUUUUUUGAGGCUCUUUUGUAUUUGUUGGUGUUAGCCACUGGCAUCAACCCCUCUCUUCUAAUGUCGAGUUUGAGACUACCUUGAUGGAUCUACUGAACACGAGCUCGCGAGAAGGUCUUAGAAUUCUGGUACAAGACGAAGGAGGCAACGAGCAGGGGACAGUUUCCUUGUCCUUCCGAGACUACUUCGAUGCAAAUCUGGAGAAAGCUCUUAUGAAAAGGAUGUAGUAGAUAUACAAGUUUAGUCUCUCGUCAGCAUGAUAGAUGAAGACCCGUAUCUUCUUUUGUAUUGAUCAUCCAUCUUUCUAGAAGUUCAUGUCAAUGAGCCUAACAAGCUCUCUUCUUCCAUUUUUUCCCUUCAUAACCGGCUUGCUCGAUUCGGAGGAGCCCUUUCCCCAUUCCCUCCUUCAUACCACGCCUGCUCGAUUCCAAGCAUACCCCGCUUACUCGUCAGCAGCACAGAUUCGAGGUUCGCGAAGCAGUUACAUAUGGCGACGAAGGCGACCAGGUUGGCGAGCUCUCGGGCGUUCUAACUUACGCAAGCUUGCCAAAGUAUGCUCAGAUGAUAGGAGGUGUUUUAGAGCGUGCCACUAUUCAGUUAAGGCUACGUUAAAGAAUGGAUCCAUCUUUUCCAGCAUCUACUUGGUCCCGUUUUGAAGAGGAAAAGAGGGCCCAAGAUGAAGAUGGUGCUGCUGGAAAUUGAUGGAUCUCUCCUUUUCCAAUUUCUAACUCAGGGAGAGCGCAUUGAGCGAAUCGAGGGAGGAUACAUGCUCGUGCCUGGUCUGCCGUAUCCGGUCAGCUUGCAACAGCCACCGCCAGCCUUCAGCGAAGAAGCUAAAAACAUUGGGGAAGAUGUGGAAAGUACUUGUCUAACCAUAUAUUUUUUGCCUCUCUGGCCUCGCUCUCUAUCAGAACUAGUCUCUACGGGUACUACGGCCAGGACUAUCAGGGACGACGUACACCUGGCCCGCUCUGUUGAUGUGAAGACUCCUUUGCUAGUUUAACAUAUAAAGAAAGUAGACCAGGACCACUCCACGUUUUAUAAUAGCCAUAUUUAACCAUAACCUAAAACCAGGGGACGACGGUCAGCAACUAGCAGGCUCAAAUGGAAGUACUGGACGCUUCGGCUUUGCGCCACCGGCUUUAGGCGAAGAGUUUGAAGGACCGAAAUGGAAUGAGACACCGGAUGACAUUGACCUACCACCAAACUGGGAACUACGGAAAGCUUCUAGUUAAGGCAUGUGCUUUUGUGUUGGUAUUGAUGGUUGAUAGCUGAUGCGCACACAGUUUGAGAUGCUGGUGCAUGAUGGAGGAUGACGACUCAUAGUACACUGUCAUAUAGUGUGAUGCUCGAGUGCAAUUCUAAUAACCUGGACGUCCUUAUUUUGCUGACCACCGAACGAAGAAAACGAGCUGGACAGAUCCCCGCUUUAUGCCAGAUAACUGGGAUCAACGCGCCGACCCCAUCACAGGCAAGGUGUACUUUGCGUAUCACAAGACUUAUGACUCGGAAACAAAGGUCUAUUACUGCUCAUAUCAGUCUGCGCGUUUAUAUGAGUUUUUAGGUUUGCAAAGUGGCACUCCACCCAGAGGGAACGACAACAAUUUUAUCUGCCCAGACUGAUAUUUCAUCUUCAUCCUUCCACACACACAUACACGCACCACGCCCUUUCUAAGGAAGGCGGCAAACGACGUUUGUGGAUCCGCGUGGGAUGCCUCCAGGAUGGGAAAUGAGGCUCUCCAGGAGUGGCAUCGAGUAUUUCGCGUAUUAUCCUACCAAACAAACGAGUUGGACCGAUCCACGUGGCCUAGAGGAUGGCAUCGACAUGUGCCUCGAUCCGAAAGGGAGAGUCUACUUUCGGGACCAUCGUUAUGAUGAAGGAAGAUUUUAGAGCUAGGUUUAGGUCGAGAUGAAUAAUUUUUCCAUGUUGUACUACUACUAUGCAAAGAAACAAACUGCAUCUAAAUAAUUAACACAACAUCUACCUCAUGAAUGGGUACACUACUUCUACUGCUACUACUUCACUAGCGAGUUUCAUUUUUUUGUCUCUACUGGAUCAUUGGCUUUGGGAUAAUAUGACGUCGAAACAGUAGAACUGAGUACUUCAUCUGUUACUACUAGUGGAGACGAGGAGAACCACAUAACUCCCUGUCUCCUGACACCAUCUGCAACAUGAGUAUCCUCUAACCUCUUGACGGCACGACGAGUUGGGACGAUCCGCGUGAAAGGGUGCCGAAUCCGAUGGCGCUGCGGAAGUGGGAGUACAGGCAGUGGUGGAAACAUCAGGUAGCCCUUGCCCGUGCUGCUUAUGAAGAGGCGGUCGCCGCGCAUGCGGAACAGGAGAAGAUUAAGGUGUAGAAGACGACCAGGAGAACAAGAGUGGAGUGGAAAAGACUCCUCCGUCGACGGGUUGCACGAGGACGCUCAAGAACUGUGCGUGCGCUCAACAAGAACUCGCUUCAACCACGGCAGCCCAGUUGUAGAGUAGAAACCAUACUUAGCAACAAGUAGUAGAGCGAGAAAGGCAAAAACGAGCGACGAGUUGUGAUGAUCUUCCUCUGGGAGUCCGCUGGUUGCUCACUCCUGUAAUUAGCAACGCUCUUCGUCUUCCGCGCGCGCUUCAUUGUCGCGAAUGCGUCACUCCUACCGCGACUGCGUAUCCAUCGCCAGAACUAUGGCAUGAACACUUUUGAGGCUUUUGAAGGGACAUCAAGGCGCCAUACUACACGGACAAGGCGCGACGCGCAUGAUUCGGGCGCGGUCUAGUAGAAGGGCUUCGGGUCGCGUGAGGGCACGACAAACUAUUGGAAUUCGAAGUCGCCAUUCUGACAGUCAGAGUCUGACUACAUCACAUUUACGUAAGUAGAACAGAUGAUGUACGGACUUUAGAGACGCAGAGAACUACUCACUCCAUCUGGCAAAGACAUUGAUGAAGAAGUUUUCGAUGCCAAGAACAGGUAGGACUCAUAAAAAAUCCUUGUGCACUUUUCUCUCGCCUCUUCAUCAGAAUAUGCGAUGCUAUUCUUUCUUGACCCCUCUCUGCUGAAAUUGAAACCUAACACCAGGAAGCAAUUAAUGGAAGAGUGGAAACAAGUACUACUUUGAGUAGCCUGAGUGGGACUCAAGGAGUUGUUUAGGAACCCCGAU